GCGGCGGCUGCGGGAUGGUCGGCGGCGGCGGGAAGCGCAGGCCGGGCGGGGCGGGGCCGCAGUGUGACAAGACCGUUGAAGUGAAGAAAAGUAAAUCCUGUGAAGCUGAUGUCUCCAGUGAGCUCCGAAAAGAAGUAGAAACCCUGUAUAAGCUUUCACUGCCUGAGGAUUUCUAUCAUUUUUGGAAGUUCUGUGAAGAACUUGAUCCAGAAGAGCCAGCUGAUGCACUCGCCACAAGCCUUGGCCUUCGGUUAGUGGGUCCUUAUGACAUCCUUGCUGGGAAGCAUAGAAUGAAGACCAAAUCCACAGGCUUGAACUGUAAUCUUCACUGGAGGUUUUACUAUGACCCUCCUGAGUUCCAGACCAUUAUUAUUGGAGAUAAUAAAACUCAGUACCACAUGGGGUAUUUCAGGGAUUCUCCUGAUGAACUUCCUGUAUAUGUUGGUACAAAUGAAGCAAAGAAAAAUUGUAUCAUUAAUCAAAAUGGAGAUAAUGUGUUUGCUGCCAUCAAAUUAUUUUUGAUGAAAAAACUUAAAGAAGUAACAGAUAGAAAGAAAACUAGCAUUUUGAAAAACAUAGAUGAAAAACUCACAGAAGCAGCCAGAGAACUAGGAUACUCGCUGGAACAGAGAACCUCGAAGAUGAGACAGAGAGAUAAGAAGGUUGUGACAAAGACCUUUCAUGGUGCAGGCUUGGUUGUUCCCGUAGAUAAAAAUGAUGUUGGCUAUAGAGAGCUCCCUGAAACAGACGCUGACCUUAAAAGAAUUUGCAAGGCAAUUGUUGAGGCUGCGAGUGAUGAGGAGAGACUAAAAGCAUUUGCUCCCAUUCAGGAAAUGAUGACUUUUGUGCAGUUUGCUAAUGAUGAAUGUGAUUAUGGCAUGGGGCUUGAAUUAGGAAUGGACCUCUUUUGCUAUGGCUCUCAUUAUUUUCACAAAGUUGCUGGCCAGCUUUUACCUCUUGCAUAUAAUCUGUUGAAGAGGGAUCUGUUUGCAAAAAUUAUUGAAGAUCAUUUGGCAAGCAGAAGUACAGAGAACAUGGAUCAGCUUGCAGGAUGACAGUGAGACACAUCAGAAAUGGAGAACUAUAACAGAAGAAAGUGAAUGCUCUACUAUGUAUCCUGAAAUGUCAAUCUCUGAAGUAAGAUGGGUUGUGAGAGCAGAAUCUGAAAAGGAAAUAAAUGUGGAAAAUAAAGUCAUGUUCAGUUUCACUGGGUGAAGCGGCCAAGAAACUGGCCUCUUUCUCCUUUGAAGACUUGGAACCCAGAAAGGAUGGGAUGAGUCCCCAAUUGGCCAUGCGAAGGAGUGGUACCCCGGCAGUGCCGUGCACACACUGCAAAUACACUUUGAGAUCUCUGUAACUAUCAUUAAACAUGAGUUUGCUCUGUUUAGCCGAAGAACAAUGGAGGCGCUAUGAAACACCUUGAAAUCUGCCAACGGAAGUAAAAAUAUUGUUGGCAGGCAGCACAGCUGAGAAACCCAGAGUUUGGUGAACUCUGGAUCAUUCUAAUAUGGCUUCCUGAUCUUUAAAGUUGUCGAGACCAUACUGAUCCAACAUGAUCUCACAGAUAUUAAAAGUGGCUCAUUGCCGGUUGUUUCAGAACAUGUCUGUCUGCACAAAUGCAUCUGCCUUUCAAAGUGCAUACUCACAGAUAUCUAGGCCAGUCUAGUGAGCAAACUGACUUUGCCAGUAGUGAAUUAAGACCAUGAUUAAAACGGGCAUUUCCAGUAACAAUUCCAAAUACUCUGAGGUAAACUAUAAUUAAUCCUGCAAAAAUAUGCACCAUAGCUAUUCACAUAAAUCAUCACUGAACACUUCAGGGAAAGUCCUGACCUACUCAGUUAUACUCAGAUUAUGAUUAUUAUUUUCAUUUUUGUUUGAUUUUUCUUUUUAAAAGGUUUGGUUUUAAUCUAGUAGUCAUUUACGGUAUUUUCAACUUUCUAGUUUGUGAACCGGCAUGGCCAGGUCAGGGGCACAACCCAGGAGAUGGCAGUGAGAACUCAGGAGGUACUGUGUACACCGGGAUCACAGCAGUGACCACCUCUUCUCCAACUCUUGGACCCCCUGUAAACUUCCUUCACCCCUCCAUAUUUGUAAGUCAGAAUUAGUCCAUUAAAAAAAUCACAUUAAAAA